AUUUUAUCUGAAUAUCACCAGAGAUCCAAUCAUUGAAUUUUCGUAAAGAUAUAUACUGAGAACUCUUUUCAUAAUACAGCGGUAUCUCUGGAUUUUCGACCGGGUUUUUCUGUUCUUUCUUCUAUAGGAUAUUUUAUGGGAAAGAAAAGCCUAACCUUAUUAGUGUCCGUGUGCCUGCCCACAUGUCUUUCUUCAUCUCUCUUUUGAAUCCUUUGCAAUUUCUUUCUGAUGGUUGAAGAUAGUCUUCCAGUAAAAGCAAAAUGAGGAUGUGUUUUUCACUUUUUUGACUCCUACCCAUUUUUAUGUUCUCCAAUCACCCGAUUAUUACGGGAAUAAUUAAACAAUUAAUAAACAAUACAAAGUUUUCCUUUUCCUCCCCAUCUAUUUAUUUUCUUUUUAUUUAUUUUCUUUUAUGAACUUGAAGCCUUCUUUUUUAACUUAUAUAGGCUAGUGCGAGUCUGAGCAGUUCUCCCAAAGCAAAAUUGUUUUAGCUUUUCGGAACUUUCCCUUAAAUGGGAUUCACUUUGUUUGUGAUAUGAUCUGUACAACAGGCUGUUAUGAAGAUUUAGUUUCAACUGAAAAGGAUACUUGUUAAGGAAUUGAAUUUGAAGUUAGGAAUGUCUGAGUCGGAAUCGGAGAAUGGGAAGGAGCUUAGGUCCUUAGCGUUGACUCCGACAUGGUCUGUUGCCACUGUCUUGACCGUAUUUGUGGCAGUUUCGCUGCUCGUCGAGCGCUCCAUUCAUCGAUUGAGUAAUUGGCUGAGGAAAACUGAUAGAAAGCCUUUGCUUGCAGCUGUUGAGAAAAUGAAGGAAGAAUUGAUGCUUCUGGGCUUCAUAUCUCUUCUCCUCACGGCAACUUCGAGCGUUAUAUCUAAUAUCUGCAUACAUUCAAAGUUCUAUGAUAGUGUAUUUGCACCAUGUACAAGAGAGGAAGUAGAAGAGGAUAGGGAAAAUGAAACUGUGAAAAGCCGUAGGCUUUUGAUGGCAUUCAUGGAUUCUCACUCCCAGAGGAGAUUUUUGACGGGUUUAAAUCGGAAUACCUGUCCAGAGAACUACGAACCUUUUGUGUCAUAUGAAGGGCUCGAGCAACUGCACAGAUUCAUUUUUGUCAUGGCAAUUACACAUGUAUCUUACAGUUGCUUGACGAUGUUGCUAGCUAUUGUAAAGAUUCACAGUUGGAGAAAAUGGGAGGAGGAGGCUCAUAUGGACAGACAUAAUUCCUUAACGGAAAUCACGAGAGCAUUGACAAUGCGGAGACAAUCAACUUUCGUUAGAGUGCACACAUCAAAUCCUAUGGAUAGAAACAGCAUUCUCGUCUGGGUGACUUGUUUCUUUCGUCAGUUUGGCCGCUCAGUUGUCCGAGCCGACUACCUUACCCUUCGCCAGGGAUUUAUUACAAACCACAACCUCACGUCAAGAUAUGAUUUCCACAGCUAUAUGAUUCGCUCCAUGGAGGAAGAAUUUCAACGUAUAGUUGGUGUCAGUGCUCCACUCUGGGGAUUUGUUGUAGCUUUUAUGCUUUUCAAUAUAAAAGGAUCUAAUCUCUACUUCUGGAUUGCACUUAUUCCCGUCAUCCUUGUUCUACUUGUGGGUGCAAAGCUGCAACAUGUUAUAGCAACUUUGGCAUUGGAGAGUGCAGGAAUAAGUGGAAGCUUCUCUGGGCCCAAGUUUAGGCCCCGAGACGAAUUGUUUUGGUUCAAUAAGCCAGAGCUGUUGUUAUCGCUCAUUCAUUUUAUCCUUUUCCAGAAUGCAUUUGAGCUUGCUUCAUUCUUCUGGUUCUGGUGGCAGUUUGGUUACAACUCCUGCUUCAUAAGGAACCACUUACUUGUCUAUCUACGUCUAAUUGUCGGGUUUGCCGGUCAGUUUCUAUGCAGCUACAGCACCUUGCCCCUCUAUGCACUGGUCACUCAGAUGGGAACAAAUUAUAAGGCAGCCCUCAUUCCAAAAAGAAUAAGGGAGACAAUCCAUGGGUGGGGAAAGGCUGCUCGAAGAAAGAGAAGAUUAGGCAUUUUUACAGAUGACUCGACCAUCCACACUGAUACGAGCACCGUCAUAUCUGUUGAGGAAGAUGAUAACCGGUCGAUUGAGAGCCCUCGAUUUGCGCCUCAUUUGGAUUCGCAAAUCGAGCUGCAGCCAGUCACUGACAUUGGAUUUGAUAGCACACAGUUCCCUACUAACGAGGUGUCGAGUCGGAUGGGGACUCCCCUCCUCAGGCAUUCGGCCUCCAUCGCGUCUCCAAUUUCUCGGAUGAUUUUACACGAGGAAAUACCGAGAUCGUCCUCUUUGCCACAUUAGGGAGGAGAUUGAGAAAAUAUGUGAAAUUCAGUGUUUGUUAAUACAAUUAAUUAUAUAUAGUUGAAAUGUCUUAGUUGUUUGUAGCAUAUGAUUAAUUGAUAGGGCUUCAUGUAUUGAGUAACUUCUAUAUAGCAUGAAAGAAUAGCUUGUAUCUUUGUUUUUAUUUUUUCUCUCAGACAGUUCCUUUUUUGGGUAAUUACAAAAUUUUCCAUUAGGAUGAGAUAGGAAGGUUGAUUUGAGCUUGUCACCUUAAGAAGUUUAUUUAUAAGGAUAAAGAAAAGAAAGAAAAGAGGUCGAGAGGAUGAGGAUGAUAGGGAUGAAGACGAGGACAAAGAGGAACAUGAGGACUGAGGUGGUCGAAGAGGUAGAGGUAAAAGAGGUCGAGAAAAAUAAGAUCGUGGCCUUGAGGAGGGCGAGGCCCCGCCUAAGAGGGGGGUCAUUCAUAUGAUCUCGGGAGGUCUCAUAGACGACGCUAAAUGGUAUACAAAAGACUUUCGACCGGUUGGGACUCGGCCAGCUUUAAGCUCCUCGCCAGUUGAACGCCUUGAGACCUGCAAAAACUCUUACACCGGAGGAUUUUCUGGUGAAAAACCUCCGAUGCUUAAGUUAACACGGUAAAGAAUAUGAAGUGUUAUAUGUAUGCAGA